UUUUGUUUCUUUCUCUUUAACCGGUCUUAUUUAGACCAUAGCACACAAAUAAGAACAAAUUCUGUAAUUUUCAAUUAACAUUCGAUCCGACCCACUUUUCACCUUCCUCCACCGAAUCAAAAGUUUGUAUCUUUUUGUCCUUUCACCUCAAAUUUCAACGACUAACUCGUUUUUCAACUCACUGUGUCCGUGACCUGACUCAGUAAUGGCAAAAAUCAUCCUAGGAGCUGCUGCGGCGUUGACGGCGGCGUUGGCGGCUGCAACUGUGGCGGGACAUCAUUUAAAAGUGUCUGGAAAAUGGGGUCAUGCUGAAAGUAUUUUGAAGGUGUUUGGUGAAGAGUGUGGAACCCCAAUUGAGAAACUUAGGAAAGUAGCUGAAGCUAUGGUUGUUGAAAUGCAUGCAGGUCUUGCUUCUGAAGGUGGUAGCAAGCUCAAGAUGUUGAUCUCUUAUGUGGAUAAUCUUCCAUCUGGGGAUGAGAAAGGACUCUUUUAUGCAUUGGAUCUUGGUGGCACGAACUUCCGUGCCCUACGUGUGGAAUUAGGUGGAAAAGAGAAAGGUGUUGUCAACGUAGACUCCGAAGAAGUUUCGAUUCCUCCUCAUUUGAUGACCGGUUCUUCACAUGAUUUAUUUGAUUUUAUAGCGACGUCUCUUGCAAAGUUUGUUAGUUCUGAGCCUGAAGAGUUUCGUCCUCUUCCCGGAAGAAAAAGGGAAUUGGGUUUUACGUUCUCGUUUCCAGUGAGGCAAACAUCAAUUUCAUCCGGGACUCUAAUAAAGUGGAGUAAGGGUUUCAGUAUCGAAGAUGUGGUCGGAGAAGAUAUAGUCGGCGAACUAACCAAGUCAUUGGAAAGGGUUGGCUUGGAUAUGCGUGUUGCAGCUCUAAUCAAUGAUACUGUUGGAACAGUAGCUAAAGCCAGAUUCGGCAAUAAGGAUGUCAUUGCCGGAGUAAUUCUUGGUACUGGAACAAAUGCGGCAUAUUUAGAGAAUGUUACCACAAUUCCGAAAUGGCAAGGUCUUUUACCAAAAUCAGGAGAGAUGGUUAUAAACAUGGAGUGGGGUAAUUUUUGUUCUUCCGAUCUUCCUCUAACAGAAUAUGAUCAAGCUCUAGACGAAGCGAGCUUAAACCCUGGAGAACAGAUUUUUGAGAAGAUAAUUUCCGGUAUGUAUUUGGGUGACAUUGUAAGGAGAGUCCUGCUGAAGAUGGCUGAAAAAGCUGAUUUUUUCGGAGAUAUUGUUCCUCAUAAGUUGAGAAUUCCUUUCAUACUUAGGACACCUGACAUGUCUGCUAUGCAUCACGAUACAUCUUCGGAUCUAAGGGUGGUUGGAAAAAAACUGAGGGACAUAUUGGAGAUCGAAAACACAUCCCUGAAAAUGAGGAAGAUUGUUGUGGAACUUUGUGAUAUAGUUUCUGUUCGUGGGGCCCGCCUUGCUGCUGCUGGUAUUUUCGGCAUCCUAAGGAAACUGGGAAGAGAUACCGUUAAAACCGGGGAGGAACAAAAAUCAGUGAUAGCAUUGGAUGGAGGAUUGUUUGAACACUACAUGAAAUUCAGAACAUGCAUGGAGAAUACACUAAAGGAAUUGUUGGGAGAUGAAGCAGCCGAGACAAUCGGCGUUGAACAUUCCAACGACGGCUCUGGAAUCGGAGCAGCCCUCCUUGCAGCUUCUCAGUCCCAAUAUUUGGGAGUGGAAGAUUCCUAAUGAUGUAAUUAACACCAUUGCCAAAAGUAAACAGGUGUAAUACUAGUUUUGAUUUUCUUCAUACCAUAUAGAUUGUUAGAUUGAAACGGAAAAGCUUUAGUUAUCGGUUCUUCAGAGGGUUCAACUGGAGUGCGGCCGAUGUUCACUUUGAGGUUAUCAGUGUGGCUAAGUGUUCUUGCUGCGACCUCACCGCAUCUUGACUAAUCUCCCACUUUAACAAUAAUAGGGGAGAUGUAAACUUUUGAGAAGUCAUGUUUUGGUUUGUCCAAAUGUAACAUGCGGCUUACAAUGAGAAUAAAUCAGGAUUAACUUAUUGGCAAA